UAUCACAUUCGUAAAGAACAGUUCUUUUUACCUCCUCAUUUCUUUCGUUGGGGACGUUUUUUAUUUUGGUUUCACACGCAGAUGGGCAUGCACCCACCUCUUAACAAGGACAUUAGUUGAAUAGUAUUAUCAGGAUAUUGGAUCAUAUAUUGGAAAAACACGACCGAAGUCCUGUAGGCCUAAAGAUUUUUAGAUUUUGAGAUACUACAUUGAGGAAUAAGUUUCCCUUUGUGACACCUUUGUUUUUCGUUUAUAAUUUCGCACAUUAUGGCCCAGCGAUUGUUUGCCAUCGAUUUUGAGGUCUUCGGAAAGGUUCAAGGUGUUUUCUUUAGAAAAUAUACGGAAAAACAGGCCAAACAAUUGAACUUGCGAGGUUGGUGUAUGAACACAGCAGAGGGAACGGUUAAAGGACAAUUGGAAGGACCACAAAAUGAAUUGAAUGAAAUGAAACAUUGGCUCCAAAACAAAGGAAGUCCCAGUUCUCGCAUAGAUAAAGCUGAAUUUUCGUCAAUGAAACCAAUAGAUGAAUAUAGUUUUCAAUCAUUUGGAAUUAAACGUUAAUAGCAAUUGAGAGGGUACAAAACCAAACAAAAAGAGGCUUAUGAUGUUACUACAUAGAUUUGAGAUUUAUAAAAUAAAUCAAUGAAAGAACCCUGAA